AUGGCAGCUCCUGCGAAGUCGACACGCUGGGGUUCUUUUCUACAACAAGCCGUCGCCGGCGUGGAAGCCCGGCUCGACAACAUUCUCGCAGAAGGCGAGAACGGCUCCAACCUGCCCCAAUCUGCUCCAGCAUCUGCCAAGGAGCAACAAAUCAACCAGCCUCGAUCCUCUACUAGUAGUCGUACAAAUGACCGCCUGCAGGAGCGCCUUGCCAAGGCCAUGGCCGUCAAGAACAAUCAAGCAUCCGACGCUCGCAGUAUUACCUCGGACCCCCAGAGUGCCCGGCCAAGCGUUGACGGUGGACGUCCCGGAGUUGGUAUGCUGCAGAUGGAUCGUAACGCCCCUGGCAGUCCAGUCUCAAGUUCGGCCCUGGCAUCACCCCCGGCUGAGGCCACCGCCCCGGAUAAUCCCACACAGCCCAAACCGCAGCCCAAGUCGGCUUCCCCACGCGGCUCUCAAGACUACAAACGAUCUCAAACCCCUGCGAAGAUCGAGGUACAGUCUGAGACUACUACCUCUGCCGAUGUGACCGACACGUGCGAUACAAGAGCCGAGCCCGUGAUGUCAGAAACCACAUCAUUCCAAGCUGCGGCGGGUACUGACCACCAAUGCACGCAAUGUUCUGUGCUUCGCGCACGUGUCGAGGUUUUAGAAACAAUGGCUGGACAGGCAGCAAAGGAACAACAGGAAGAGAUACAUCGUCACGUCGAGCAAUUUGAGGCUCUCCAGGCAAAGCUGCAAUUCUUGGCACGGGAUGCGACUGACGCCGCCCGAAAGUCUGCUACCGCAGCACCGGCAGGCAGCCACGAGCGGAAGCUCGCUGAAAGAGAUGAAAAGAUUGCUGUGCUCAUGGAAGAAGGGAGGAACUUGGCUGCCAUGGAGCAGAAACACCGAACCAUCAUCAGGAAGCUCAGGUCACAAAUCACUGGUGACGAGAAGACGGCAACAGAACUGCGCGCCCGCCACGACAAGCUGAUAGUCGACAUGGAAACGUUGCGUACUAGGGCCAAUCGCGUCGAGGAACUCGAGCAAUCGAACCAAGCCCUGCUGAUCCAUUCAAAUGGAAUGCAGGACGAGUUAAACGCGUUGCGCGCCGAAGUGUCAGCUAACCAGUCUGUAAUCCAGAGAUUGCGGGAUGAUCUUCGAAAGGCUUCAGACCAGGCUCACUUAGCCGUUGCGACGGCCAAUGAGGAGGCGCUCGCGGCAGAGAAAUGUCGGGUCAAGGACCUCGAAGACACCAUUGCUGUACUGCAGGUAGAAAAGAACUUGGCUGCUGACAGAUCAAAGGUCGCCGCCGCCGAAGCAGAGGAAAUGGCGGUGCGUGCGGCUGAGCGCACCCGUAUGGUGGAGAUUGAGAUGAAGACGGAGAUCCAGGCCAUGGAAGGUAAACUGGAAGCGAUGCGUGCGCUCGCAGAGGAGGCGUCUUCUGGCGCCGUGGGGGAUUCCCAGGCCAAGCUAUUGCGCCAAGUAGAAACAUUGCAAACACAGCAUGCCAUUGCCGCGGAGAAUUGGCAAGGCAUCGAAGCGAGUCUGGUUGCUCGGGUUGGCAACCUUGAACGUGAGCGGGAUGAUGCUCUGCGACGAGAGUCAGAGAUGAGAAAAAAGGCCAGAGAAACUGCGAGCCGAUGCAAGCGUCAAGAUGAGGAGUUGCAGGAACUGACGAGCAAGUUCCCCAACCAUCAGCGAGAUAUCGAAGCAUACAAAGAACGUAUCGAUGCACUUCAGAAGAGGGCAGAUGCCGCCGAGGCUGCUUUAGCACAGGCGAAAUCCGAGCUGGAAAAGCAACAGCAAACAGUGUGGAAGGGUGAAAGAACUGAUUCUGACCGUCGGCCUUGGAUAGAAGACCACUUACCUGGGCCCGGAUCUAGAAUACACAGUCGCCCUGAGUCACCAUUGCUAUCUGUGCCUACGCGCACUAUGAGCAACGAUCUCCUCCUGCUGCAGAGUACAUCCGGGAAGGGUCGUAAGUUCUCAACUCCGACCAACGGAACAGACGGCUUUCAAGAAGGUUCAUCGGGAGGUAGGAGAAUGUCGAGCCAACCUCCGACGAGGCCACCAAUGCAACCCAGCGGCUCGAGUCGCCCCGUGGCUCCGUCUAUAACAUCCUUCGAGUUACCUCCGGACUCACUGCCAACACCCACGUCACAUGCGGGCGAGAAAGAAGACAUGUUUGAUGGCAUAGAGACUUUUUCGUCUCCGCGGAUGGUACAGGACAUGAUAUCGGUAUCAACGGUUGGCGCAGGGCCGUCGGUGCAGCUGGUAGAGAGGAUGAGCGCAGCCAUCCGUCGACUGGAGGCGGAAAAGGUGACCUCACGGGAGGAAUUGACGCGAAUAUCGGGUCAAAGGGACGAAGCCAGGGCCGAGAUUGUGUCACUAAUGAAGGAGCUGGAAUCCAGCAAGACGGCCUCGAAGCGCGUUUCUGAGUUGGAGAGUCAGGUCGAAGACUUGAAUUCAAGAUACCAGACGACGCUUGAACUACUUGGGGAGAAGAGCGAACUAGUAGACGAGCUGCGUGCCGAUGUACAGGAUGUGAAGGCCAUGUAUCGUGACCUGGUAGAGCGAACGGUCAGGUAA